AUGGUUGUAGAGAGAGAGAGAGAGAGUCCGCAGUUGCGCACGGUACACGCCUGCUACACCGGUGUGCACAUUCCUGCUGGCUCCCACUUCCUGUUGGUUCCUGCCGGGAUCGGGGUCCCAUCGCGCAGUUUGGCACCAGACGAGCCGCAGUGCGCAUGCGUGAAAGACGUAAAUUCUAACAUCAAAUUGAAGAUCGAACUUCCAAGAACCGACGUCUUCCGAGUCUUGACUGCAGCUGAGGUGGGUGCUGGUGCUGUGGUGGUUGCUCAUUCGCCGGCGGCGAUUCCACAUCGACGGAACAAGGGCAAGGCUACUGUGGUGGUGACGAGAGCAGGCGUGUCGUCGUCCUCGUCGUUGCCGGACUUGGAGUCGGAGAAGACGGCGUCCCUGCCGGCGGCGGCGUUUCUCACGCCCACGUCGUCGACCUCGUCGUCGUCGUCGACGUCGACGACGACGACGACGACGUACACCAAGUCGCAGGUCGCAGUCCUCAUCGUCCUCUUCACCUCCACUCUCUCGUCCGCCUUCGCCGUCUGCCUCUUCCCGCCCUUCUUCCCGCAAAUCGCGGAGUCGAAAGGAGCCCCGGUGUCGGUUUACGGCUUCAUCAUUGGUACCAACUGCUUGACUUCGUUCUUCGUAACCCCGAUUUUCGGAAAACACUUGAACAAGAUCGGGCUCAGAUUUGCAUUCGUCGCGGGACUUUUCAUGAGCGGAGGUUGCUGCUUUUUAUCGGGGUUUUUGGAAUUUUUCCCCCCGGGACUUGAGUUUGUAUUGGAAUCGAUUGCAAUUCGAAUUGUUCACGCUUCAGCGAACGCGUUGGUGAUCGUGAGUACCUUUGCUUACGGGGCCACGGAGUUCCCGCAGAGCGUCGCCAGCAUUUUCUCCGUGACCAGGGCCAUGAUGAAUGUGGGCCAAUUGCUGGGGCCGGUGGUUGGUGGAGCCCUGUACGAAGCUGGGGGAUUCAAGAUGCCAUUUCUAGUCAUGGGCGUUGUGCAGAUGUGCAUGGCUCUCCCUGCCCGACUCCUUCUACCUAACUAUGAAGAGGACGGCGAGGACGAGAAGGAGCCAACGAGUAUUUUCUCCAUUUUAUCAAUCCCGACGAUUUGGAUCGCGCUUUGCAACAUAAUCUCUUCGACUAUGUCCAACGGUUUCCUUUCCAUCAUGCUGGAGCCUCAGAUUUUGCGCCAGGCGCCCAGGCACAACAAGCUGGUGAUCUUUCUGGCUGCUGGGCUCGGAGCAGCUUCCUUCGCCUUCCUGGGUCCGGUUCCCGGGAUCCCCAUUAAAGAGACUCUGACUGUGGCGAUUGUGGCUUUGUCCCUGAAUGGAAUCGCCAUCAGUGGCCAGCAGGUGGCUGGCAUGGCGGAUGCAACCUAUGAAGCAACGACUGCGGGUCACGUGGACCCUCACGGGAUCGUGUCGGGAGUGUGGAGUUCCAUGUGUGGAGGCGGCAGGUUCAUUUCCAGAUGUUUUGCUGGCCUGGUGGUCGAGUCCAUCGGGUUCCGGGAAGCGACUUGCAUCAUUGUGCUGCUCCAGGUCACUGUGCCGCCUUCACAGCCGCCAAUGUGGCGGCUGUGCAAACGUGGCUGUGCCAAUGCGGCGGCUGUGAGGGCGGCCGUUGAUGAAAAUGGCAGAAUUACCUUCGAAGACCUGGAGGAAACCCUUGGAAUUGAUGCCUGGUUGAUUUCAAGAAUUCUGAAGCUGAACUACAACAACAAAAAAUCUGCCGGAAGGACGCCUCAUCUUUUGGGUGGAGAGCAAAACUCUGCUUGGGCCGUGGUGGCCCUCGGGUUCGCGACGGCCAGGUGCCGGGGCUACGACGACAGCUGCAAGGACCAGGCCAGCAAGCCGCUGUUGAGGCGGCGGCGGGGCAAGACGAUCGACGUGGUGUCGACGACGACGCCGUCGGAGCCCCUGAUGCCCAAGGCGUUUCUCGCCGUCCGCGCCCGCCGUCGGCCGUCGUCCUUCUCCAAGUCCUUCGACUUCGCCGCCUCCUACGAGACGUGAAGUCGUCAAGUCAGCUUGUUUGUACCCUGUCAGCCAACUCUCUUUUUCCGAGUUUUUUUCGUAUUGCGGUGGAUGCGAAUAAAAGCGUGGCUUUUGUCAAA